AAAAAUAGGUGGGAGAGAGAGAGAGAGAAGGGUGAGGAGGUUCCAGACAGAAAGAGAGAACAAACAACACCUGAUGCUGAUGAAGCAGAAAAUCCAAGUCCGGCUCCGGAUCCUGUAUAUUCCUGUGAUCAAAAUGGAAAUCGAAAAAGUUGCUCCUCUCAUUAUACUUUCCGUAAAUAAUUCAACACCCACCCCUGAUUUCCCAAAUACUACCAUAAUAAAAACAUCGAAGCCCUCACCAAAGAAAAUCCGUAAAUGGCAUUUGCCCAUUUCCCCCUCCUCAACCUCAUCAUCCCCUCUCUCCUUUCCCUCCUCUUUCCCCUGCAUUUCCACCAGUAACAACAACAUCAACCACCACCCUUGAAGAAAUUUUCCCAAAUCCUAAUAAAUAAUAAUGCCGACCCAGGUUGAACAGGGAAGGAGAGAGAUGGUGGGGGUGGGGGGCCUCAUGAAUCAUCAGCAAAAGCCAUCCGAUCACCGCAAGGCCCUGAAACGCUCUCCCACUAUGAAUCUCAAGAGGCUUUUUACAAAGGCUAUGCGUACUGCUUCCCUUUUUAAAUCCAAAAAAUCUCGGCCUAAGACCCCUAUUGACAUUGUCCGUCAUGCCACCUCGUUGCUCUCCUAUCUCCAUUCUGCUUCCCAUCUUUCUGGCCAAAAGCAUUCCGAUAAGAUGUCAGAAUUAGAUGUGCUCAUAAGGGAGAUGAAGCUAAUUCUGUACGGAAAUGGUGAAUCUGAGCCUGUUGCUGAAGCCUGCGCACAACUGACUCAGCAGUUCUUCAAGGAAAACACCCUUCGGCUCCUCAUUGUUUGUCUUCCAAAACUCAACUUGGAGGCACGUAAGGAUGCCACCCAAGUUGUUGCAAAUUUGCAAAGGCAGCCAGUUAAUUCGCGCUUGAUUGCUUCUGAUUACUUGGAAUUCAACCUGGAUCUGUUGGACUUAUUAAUAUCAGGCUAUGAAGAUCCAGCAAUGGCUUUGCACUAUGGAGGAAUGUUGAGAGAGUGUAUUCGCCAUCAGACAGUUGCAAGGUAUGUUCUGAAAUCAGUGCACGUGAAAAAGUUUUUUGACUACAUGCAACUCCCAAGUUUUGAUGUUGCUGCUGAUGCCACAGCUACAUUCAAGGAGCUUCUGACGAGACAUAAGUCCACAGUUGCAGAAUUUCUUGCUGAAAAUUAUAAUUGGUUUUUUGCUGAAUUCAACUCGAAGUUAUUGGAAUCUCCAAAUUAUAUCACUAGAAGACAAGCUGUCAAGCUUUUGGGAGAUAUUUUGCUCGAUCGUUCAAAUGCUGCUGUGAUGGUACGCUAUGUCAGCUCAAGGGAUAAUCUGAGGAUUUUAAUGAAUCUUCUGAGGGAGUCAAGCAAAAACAUUCCGCUCGAUGCAUUUCAUGUGUUCAAGCUUUUCGUGGCCAACCAAAAUAAGCCUCCUGACAUAGUUAACAUUCUGGUAGCCAACAGAAGCAAGAUUCUACGUUUCUUCGCUGGCUUCAAGAUUGAUAGAGAGGAUGAAGCCUUUGAGGCGGACAAAGCUCAAGUCGUAAAGGAAAUCUCAGAACUUGAAGCCACAGCAUCCAUUGGCAAUUCUGGAGAAUUACGAAAGCUCAAGUUUUACUGAAGCAAAUUUUGUAAAAGUGACUGAAGUUGCCUUUUGAUUAGAAGAAACAAAUUUGUUGAUGAAAUUAUCAUUGUAAAGUAACUGAAGUUGCCUUUGAUUAGAAGAAACAAAUUUGUUGAUGAAAUUAGCAAAUGACAAAUGAUGGUGAAAGUGUCAAGAAUA